AUGAAGUUUGGCCACCAACUCAAGACAUCCCUCUACCCAGAGUGGGUCUACUACUACCUCGCCUACGACUCUCUCAAAGCCGAGCUCAAGACCCGUCUCUCCAAGAACCUAGGUGGCUGGACCGAAGACGACGAAUCCGCCUUUGCAGAGUUGCUCGAAAAGGAACUCGACAAGGUCUAUUCGUUCCAAAAGGUCAAGUCGGGCGAGAUCAUGCGUCGACUCCAGUCGGCCAAACAGGAAGUCGAGGAGAUUAUUAAAUCGAAUGAUGCUCAGAAUGAGGAUUAUGCGUUGCUGGAAGAGGAGUUGUCGCACAUCAUUGCGGAUGUUCAUGACUUGGCCAAGUUUACGAGAUUGAACUAUACUGGAUUCCUCAAGAUCAUCAAGAAGCACGACAAACUCACCCACUGGAUCCUUCGUCCCAUUUUCAUGGUCCGCCUCAACUCCAAGCCAUUCUACAAGGAAAACUACGAUGCCCUGAUUGUCAAACUUUCGAGCCUCUACGACACCGUCAGGACACGAGGAAAGGCUCAUGGAGGCGACUCGUCCGCCGGAGGGUCCCAGCAGGCCUUUGUCCGUCAAACCACAAAGUAUUGGGUUCAUCCUGACAACAUCACGGAGCUCAAGCUCAUCAUCCUGAAACAUCUCCCAGUCUUGGUCUUCAACCCCAACAAGGAGUUCAACCCAGCGGACAGUGCCAUUUCUUCCGUCUACUUUGAUAACGACGAGUUUGAGCUCUACAUGGGACGUCUCGAAAAGUCUGAGGGCGCCGAGGCUCUUCGUCUGAGAUGGUACGGUGGCAUGGAUCAGCAACAGAUCUUUGUCGAGCGCAAGACCCAUCGUGAGGAUUGGACCGGAGAGAAGUCUGUCAAGGCCCGUUUCCCCAUCAAGGAAAAGUACGUCAACGCCUUCUUGAGAGGCGAAUAUACCAUGGAUGCCACUAUCGCCAAGAUGCGCGCCGAGGGCAAGAAGUCCGAGAAAGAGAUUUCCGAGUUUGAGCAGCUCGCCGCAGAGUGCCAAUACGGCAUCCUCACCAAGAACUACGGUCCAGUGAUGCGCACAUUCUACAACAGAACUGCUUUCCAGCUGCCAGGAGAUGCCCGUGUCCGUAUUUCUCUGGACACCGAGUUGACCUUGAUCCGUGAAGACAACCUUGACGGAAGAUCCCGCAGUGGUGACAAUUGGCGCCGUAUGGACAUUGGUAUCGACUGGCCCUUCAGUCAAUUGGAGGAGGACGACAUUUGCCGAUUCCCCUAUGCAGUUCUCGAGGUGAAGUUGCAGACACAGCACGGCCAGGAACCUCCAGAGUGGGUCCGGGAACUGGUCAAUUCUCACUUGGUCGAGUCUGUCCCCAAGUUCUCCAAGUUCAUCCAUGGUGUUUCGACCUUGAUCGAGAACCGUGUCAAGCUGUUCCCCUUCUGGUAUCACCAGAUGGACAUUGAUAUCCGCAAGCCUGCCUCCAAGAACAUGUCCAUUUCACGACCUGAUCCUAGCGGCUACAGCACCCCAGCCAACACGACCAGUGACGAGGAUCAUGACAUGAGGAUCACAGCCGUUGAUGAUGAGGAGGCCUAUCAGGGCGGCGCCAAGCAGGCUCAGGAGUACGAGUGGGAGGAUGAGGAGGAUGAGGAGAACCCACUGGAGCCUUCGGAUAACUGGAUCCAGCGUCCCUCAAGACCUUCCAGCAGCGCAUCGAGUGAGCAGACUCCUCUUUUGGGCGGUCAGCGUCGUCAGAUGAGGAGCAAAAACUCGCUCAUCUCGCCUUUCAAGCCUGGCGCAGAUACCCUCCGCUACCUCUUCCGUCGCACCAAGGACCGUGUCGCCCACCCCUUCGGCGAGGACGAACCCACCACUGGCCCUCAGACCACAUACCUCAUCACCCCUCCUGGCCGCAAGAUUGCGACCCUGGUCCGUGUCGAGCCUAAGGUGUUCUUUGCCAACGAGCGUACAUUCCUGUCAUGGCUCCAGUUCACAGUCAUGUUGGGCGGUCUGUCGCUGGGUCUGUUGAACUUUGGUGAUAAGGUGUCGCGUGUGAGUGCCGGUCUGUUUACAUUUGUGGCUCUGUCGUUCAUGGUGUAUGCCCUCGUUACAUACCACUGGCGCGCGUACAAGAUCCGUAACCGUGAGCUGGGGCCCUUUGAUGACCGGAUUGGACCUACGCUCCUCUGCUUUAUCCUCCUCACCGCCAUGCUCACCAACUUUUUCUUGCAGUGGGCCUAUGAGAAGAAGAAGCCAUAA